UGUUUUGUCCAAUCGCGACCGAUCUCUGCGUGUUCCGGUUCUUUGUCAUCAAUGGGUCGCCGGGCGAGUCCGUUUCGAGUGCCUCUCGAGAACGUUUUACGCGAAUUUUGAAAGGAAUAUCGACGCAGAAGUCGCGGCGAGCGUCCGUGCCGUGAAUCGUGUGUCGUUCCGAUCGACAACCCGCGGAGGAAACGGAGAAUUCGGCGCGUUCGGAGUUACGCCGUUUCGGAUCCGUGCGCGGCGGCACUUCAGCUGACUGCGUCGUACGCAAGGCUACUCGUAACCAAACCAGUAGUAGUCCGGCGCUCGAGGCAGGCGGUCGUGCCGGCUCGCGGAAGAUGCGCCGGGAAGCGGCCCCAUAGCCCCAGCCCCCAGGCGGCCCGCGCCGCGCCGAGCGGGUCGAGCGGCCGAGCCGACGCUCAAUAAUGCUCAAGUUUCUGACUCACAAGCUGCGGACGCAUUCGUUGAAUGAAGACAACGUUUCCGAGAAGGUGGAGGAGCGCGACUCCGGCACCGAGUCCGACGACGAGGCCGAGCGCGCCGGCUCCGGUGAUUUUUGUACGGACGUCAUCAUGAAGUGGAAUGACGUCACCGAUAUCAGCAUGGGCGGUGAGGCGUGCGCGUGCGCGCCGGCGCCGCCGCGGCUGCUGCCCGAGCCGGAGCCGGACCACCUCUACGACCACCACUCCUCCGAGGAAGAGCUAGAGGUGAUCAACGGCACGCCGAGCGGCGCGUGCGGCGGCGGGCGCGAGGCGGCGGGCGCGGGCGCGAGCGAGUCCCGCCGCCGCGGCGCGUCCUCGCCGCCGCCCGCCGCGCCCGAGAAGCGCAAGUGGCCCGCGCAGCCCUACGACGCCGACGACCUGGCGGCCAGGCCUCCCUCCUCCGACGACGACGACACGAAGGUGGAAACUCCGGUGCGAUUCCGCACGUCGCCGCCGCUGGAGGCGCUGAAGCCGCGGCGCGCGGGCGCGUGCGUGUGCGCGGGCGAGCGCGAGCGCGCGCCGCCCUCCCCGCGCCGCCGCCGCAUGCCGCUGCCGCCGCCGCGCCGGCACCGCCCUGCGCUCGACUUUGACAAGAUGCAGCAGCUGAAGGUGGGCGGCGGCGGCGUGCGGUCGUGGCGCGGCGUGGGCGGCGCGGGCGGCGAGCUGUCCGUGUUCUGCUGGUGAUGGCGCCCGCCCUGACGCGCCCGCGCACAGUUUGUGUAGGCGAGGGCGCGGCACCCGGGAGCUACAGUACUUACGUCCGCUUCAUUCGCGUCGCGCAGGCGCCCGGCGGGCCGCUUGGGCCCGCGGGCCCGCAGCAGGCCCCGCCCGGGCCCGCGCCGGCGGCGGCCGACCCCACACGAGCAUUGUUGAUGUCUACUGUGUAUUUCUUCGUCUGUACCCGAUCACCCGUCAGUGCAGUCGACUCGAACGUAUCCCUCCGCGCGUCCGCCGAGAUCGCGAGCGAACGCGCAACAACGUUCCGGCUCUCACCCGUCGGUCCCGAUCAGCUCACGGUUCCCGCAACGUUUCGACCGAAACUUGCGAGUUUUAUAAUCGGUUCGUCGUCGCGAGUUCGACUUGUAUCUAUGAUCAUAUCAGAUUUCGUGCCGCAUGUUUUUAGUUUCCCCGUCCUCUCGCCCGGGCGCGGAUGCAGCGGACGCCGGCCCGGGCCGGUUCCCUUGCGCCCGGUUGUUUGACCCUCCCGUUUCCUUCGCGAUUGCACUCGAUGAUCAUCAAAGUACAAACUGGAAGUUUUAUAGUAUUGGACGAGUGCGACCGCUCGUGGGGCGGCGACGAGUUUUAUUCUCACAGUGUGUAGUUUUUGGAUAUAUUUACUCCGGUGUUAAUCACUGUUACUUAAUUAUAAAUCGGGACGAUAUUGACGAGACAGAAACCAUAGACCGGGACUCUCUCCCGCUCGGACUCGAUGUUUUAACACGUGAGGAGGCCACACGAUGCAGCAUCGACGAACCCAUAUCACAGCUGAAUUGUAUUUUGUACGAGGCCAUUGCUAGAUUGUACCCAAAAUAGUUUAUUGUAUUGUGAUAUAGUACAGUUCUGUUGUUUUAAAGUAUGCGCUUUGGAGUCAUUUGAGUUGCGGGAAUAAAUCUGAUUAUUUUAUAAUCCUGUUUAUAAUAGUAAACUUUAUAACUAAGCGAUUAAAGUUAGUAUUUGAUUGAUUAGGUAAGCACGGUUACCACUUUCUGACAUGUAAAGUUUUCGAGAAAAGAGAUGUCAUUUCAGCGACCAUUUUAUACAUAAAAACUGUCAUUUCACUCUGUCAUUAUUAGAAAUGUGACGCGACUGGAUUAGAAGGGUGGAUUAGGCUACAUCGAUAAGGCUUCUUAAAAUUCAAAUGGCACAAAAGCACAUAUUUUGAAAAGCAGUGAAAGUACGGACGUUGUCAAAAGUGAAGACGACUCAAGCAAACGCGGCGGCGCUUGCUUCAGUAUUAGAGGCGCGCUCCUCAAGUUUUGAUCUCGAAUUGCGACUGACACGCUUGGUGUUUGUGUUAAACGGAUGACCGCGUAGUGGGCUAAUGCAACCGGGCUCGACACUUGUUGCCCGCAUAUUAACACACACUCGGGAUUCUGCCACAAAAAUAUUUAACUUUAUUUAAAAACACUGCAGUAAUGUCGGUCACUGGACCAGAAAUAUCUGUAAUAAAUUACAGCACCACCGUAUCCUCAUAAAAUUGCUAAAUCUUGAAACACUCCUUUUUGCAGCAGAGUAAGAACUUACUGUCAACAUAAAUAUUUAAUUCAUGUUGCACUAUCUUUGCCAUCAUAGAAAAAUCCUGAAGAAUAGUGAUUUCGUAUACACUAUUGAGUUUCAUAUGAGGGCAGCAUAUUAAAGAGUCCAGACUGCUAGAGAAAAGUUGCAUUGUCCUUUAGUUUGUCGUUUUAUAAAAUUUACAUUAUCCUCUUUUAACAUAAAUACCCAAGCCACAUUACGUGAUUCCAUCAUAGAUUAACGUUGUUUUACCAUUAAAGUGUCAAUUGAUAUGAAGACGAUCUCGUCUCGUACAAGAGUAUCGGUUGUACCCUAGUGUUACUUAUGUUAGUAGUUGUUUAGCGGGGCUAAUGUUUUGUUACUCGUAUUGUGUUAUGGAACGAAACAACAUAAUAAAAUGUGGUGCGAGUGGAUUCCGUGAGUUAAACUAUAAAGACAUUUAACAAAUUUUCAAAUUAAUAUGAUAAAAGUACUAAGGACUUUUUUAAAAUCGCUUGGAUAAAGAUUGUAUGUACAUAGUGUUAAGUUAGUAGAGUUAAGAGCAGACUUAGAUGUAGUAGGUAUAUAUAACAAAUUGUAAGGCGCGCGGCGCCGGAUCUAUUGUUAACAUUUUCUCUUUUAAUUGUGUUAUUUUCAUAUUAUUUCUGCUAAAGUUUCGUUACUGACAUUUUAUUGUUAUCGUCUCAGUAGCGCGCCGCGGGGAGGCAAUGUGAAGUCGACACUCUUACUUAUAUCUCAGUUACCUAAAAAGGAAACUCGCGAUUUUACCAGCUUUACAACGCAUUCGAAUCCCAUUAAAUAGACACAGAACAAUCCAUCUAAAUGUGGAUCUUUAAUUUGUAGUUUGUUGCUGUCCAAAGUGUUUUCUCUUGUCACAGUACACGAUAUGGUUUUGCACGCAAUAUUUCGUACAUGUAGUAACAUCACAUGGGAAAUAUCUAUCUCUUGUCAACAAUGGGCACCGUAUUAAUAAAUUGUGGAAUACUGGGACAUAAUGUAGUAAGUUUUGUAUCGAGUGUCGACCGAACAGUGAAGGUAUAAGAACGUUUGCGAAGGCCCGCGGCGCCGCACAGUGUCAACAAUCAGUGGUGAUAUUAUAUGAAUAAUUUAUAUUAUGUUUUUAUAUAUUGAUUAACAAGCGUAAUAAAGAGUGAGCAAUGGCACAUCUGAA